ACAGGUACCAGUUACCAGCAAACCAAGCAGGUGUUACACACCGCACUCCCUGACCGGCUGCUGGCCCGCGAGGUGGAGAGAAGAGCCAUCAAGACCUUCCUCAGGCAGCACGUCUGUGCUAGGCGGCCGGGGAGUCUGUAUGUCUCGGGAGCUCCCGGCACCGGCAAAACCGCCCUCCUCAACCGUCUCCUGCCAGACAUGCAGGAGGAGUUGGGUGGAGCUCAGACGAUCAUCAUUAACUGCAUGUCACUCAGAAGCUCCCAGAGCAUCUUCCAGGUGGUUGCGAACAAGCUGUUUAGACGGGAGCAGCUGAGAUGUUUGGGAAAUAACAUUCCCCGGCAGCUGGCCAGGCAGCUGUGCAGCGCGGGGCCCAUGGUGUUGUUGGUUGUGGAUGAGAUGGACCAGUUGGACAGCCAGGCUCAGGAUGUCCUAUACACAGUCUUUGAGUGGCCCUGGCUCCUCAACUCCAGGCUCGUGUUGAUCGGCAUCGCAAACGCACUAGACCUGACUGAUCGCAUUCUGCCCCGACUGCAAGCUCAUCCCCGGUGUAAACCUCAGCUCCUGAACUUUCCUCCCUACACCAAGGAACAGAUUGUGGCCAUUGUACAGGAUCGCCUGAGUCAGGUCCCGGGGGAGAAGGUCCUGGAUAAUUCUGCCGUUCAGUUCUGCGCUGGCAAAGUUUCCUCUUUAUCUGGAGACGCUCGCAAAGCCUUGGACGUGUGCAGGCGUGCGGUGGAAAUGGUGGAGAUGGAUGUCAGGUGCCAGACUGUGCUGAAACCUGUCGCUGAAUGCAGUGCUCCUGAGAAAGGCUCUCCCACUUCGCGGCUGGUGAAAGUCUCACUGCCUCACAUUUCCCGGGUCAUGUCCGAGGUUUACGGGGACAGGAUGAAGUCAAGCAGUGGUGCCGAACACGCCUUUCCUCUCCAGCAGAAAUUCCUGGCCUGUUCCCUGCUUCUCCUGACCAGAGACUCUCAAGUUAAAGAAGUCACACUGGGAAAGCUCCAUGAGGUUUACAGGAAGGUGUGCAGGAAGCAGCAAAUGUGCGGAGUUGACCAGUCGGAAUGUCUGUCACUUUGCAGCCUCCUGGAGGCCAGAGGCAUCGUGAGCAUCAAACGCACCAGGGAAGCCCGGCUGGCGAAGGUGGUCUUAAAGAUUGAAGAGAAGGAUUUGGAGCACGCUCUCCAGGAUAAAGUGCUGAUGGGGAGUAUUCUGCGAGAAGGGCUUCCUUAAGUGGCUUUGAAAUGUCCCAAGAGACAUGUCCCAACUACCAUCUAAAGUGUUCAGAAGGCAUGCGUGCGAGUGUACAUGCGAGUGUGUGUGUGUGUGGUGUGUGCACAAAGAAUCGCUGCAAAUUACCGUAAACUCUCAGGUUAUAUACAUGCUCUGCAAAGUGAUUUUCGCGGGGAAGCUCUGGUCUGUGUGUGGUGUGUACACACCAGGUGCUCGUUCACAUGGAACUACAGUCCCCACAUUUCACAGUGAAUCUCACAAAAACUUUUGAGCACCUUCCCCACCCGCGUGAAGCAGCUGCCCCUCAAAUGUCAGCACCACAGCCCCGGGCACAGAGAGGGGGGGCUUUGUGUGUGGGACUAGGGGUGUGG